GCGCUUCGCCCACCGAUCAAGGCUGGCCUCCCUGGAUAACAAAUCAGUCGUGCUCUCGUGCUUGUUCGUGUUGGUUGGGCGUCGCGUAGAUGCGCUCAGUGCUCGACGUUGCUCGCUCUAGAGUGGAAGCUCUCUGAAAAAAAGUGCAGAUUUCUCCGGUGUUGUGGAACAAAACAAAGGAUCUUGGCACCACAAAGACCGCGUGGAACCACCGGUAAACCCACUCAGACGGCUGAUUUUGCAUUGAAUCAUGGAUGGUUCAUUUAUGGAUACGGGCAUCGCCUCUUAUCACCACGGCUCAAAUUCGGGCGUGAUGGAUCCGCCGAUGAAUGGCCUAUCCUUGCAAGACAUGAUUGAUACGGACAUUAAGGCCGAAUUCGACGAUGUCCUUCAGGGACACGGGAUUGGCUUUGCUACCAUGGAAUCCUUGGAUCUCAUCACGGAUUUGGAUGCCACGGAUUCGUUGUUCCAAUCGCUGACCGCAUGUUCCACGGCCAAUGGCACGUACCCUACGGUCAAUUCGAAUAUGGGCUGGCCCCAUAAUAGCAUCAAUAACGUGUCCACCGCGCCCACCGACAGCUACUUGUCCUCCACGGCUCCCUUCAACAGCUACUUGGAGGACAUGGCCUCGACCGUGAUGGUCAAUCCCAAUAAUGUCAUGCCCGUGGUCACAUCGCAGAACGCGGUCAUGAACUCAGCUCAAUUGGGCGGUGUCAUGAGUCACGCCCAAAGUCUCCUGCCCCCUCAGCAUCAGCAGAUUCAACGCUUAUCCGUUAACACGCAAUUCUCGCCCCGAUCCCCGGGAUCUCAUUCACCCAUGCAACAAGCGCAAUAUUCGCCCCAAAUCGCCUCCCCCAAUCACGGCUAUACGGUUCAGAAUCAACCCCAGACAGUAGUACAACCACCACAACAUCAACAACAACAACCACAUCAAGCCCCGCCCACCGUGCAUAUCAUUCAGAAACAUCAAGGCUACAUCGAUGCUUCGGGUAAACGAGUGAUCAAGACGGUCAAGGUGCUCCCACCCUCGUCAUCGCCCAUGCAGCAAGUGCCCUCCCCGGGAAUUGUGAAUCAUGGUGGGUUGAUCGUGUCUCACAAUGGCGCCACCUCAUCGCAGGUCAUGACCAAUGGCACCGCCCACCACACCUCAACCACCCCCACCCCAGUCAGCAAUAAUUCAAACAGAAAGAAAAAUCAUCAGCUCAAAAGGCAGCAAGCCGAGAAGGAGAACGGAUUCCCGAAGCCCGCCUAUUCAUAUUCGUGUCUCAUUGCGCUAGCUCUCAAAAACAGUCCAACGGGGAGCAUGUCAGUUUCGGAGAUCUACAAAUUUAUGUGCGAGCAUUUCCCAUAUUUCAAAACCGCCCCUUCAGGAUGGAAAAACUCUGUCAGGCACAACUUGAGCUUAAAUAAAUGCUUUGAGAAGAUUGAGAAACCCGCUGUGAAUGGGAGCAAUCAACGGAAAGGAUGUCUUUGGGCCAUGAACCCGGCCAAGAUCUCUAAGAUGGAGGAAGAAGUUCUCAAGUGGUCGAGGAAAGAUCCCAUGGCCAUCAAGAAGGGCAUGCUUUUGCCUCAUACCCUUGAGUCCUUGGAACGUGGGGAGAUGGUGAAGGACUACAAUGCCAAUAGCACCUCUUCUGCUUCCAACGGCGCCACUGCCAAUGGACGCAAUAACCCCGCUCAUAAUGGCAAUAUGGCCGCCUUAGGUACGGAAAGUGAAGAUGAAGAUGAACCCAGGACCCCGACUUCUGUUUCGUCCCAAGGGAGUCAAGGCUAUGACUCUGGUGGUUCAGAUUUUGUCGAUAUUGAAGGGUUUUCUGUGAUCCCGGACUCCUCUUUGCCAGAACUCAAUCUUCAAACGUCUGGUGGGAUCUUUGAGGAUCUAGGUGAAGAAAGGAUCCAAUUUGGUGCUAGCAAUCUUCAGCAACAGACACAACAUCAUGUGACCCGAAUCCCUGAAGGCAACAUCUAUUUCUCCCCAUCUACCGAAAUUCAUGGCAACUAUUCGAUUGCUCCGGCAGGUUCUAAUUCCGUUCAGGGAGCCGUGGGGGGUACCCGGACCCUGAUCAUGCAAAAGCAAACGGGUCAGAAGGUAUUCUCCAUUUAAACCUUCGUGGAACUUAGAGUGCGUAUUCCCUCAUAUUCCAAAGCUCCUACAAACAAGCACACGCACAGCAACAACAGUAUUCACCCAUCCGCGAUUUUCAGUGUUUUGUCUCGAACAAUUAAGGUGUCUUAGUCCAGAUUGCAAUUUUGAUAAUGAAAACGUACAAUUGGCACCAAAUUGCACUUACCGUAAAUGGGCAUUCCACAAGGAGGAAGGCCAAAACUUUUCUACGUUUUUUUACGCUGGAAUUCGUGUACCUGAUCGUGAAUCGCCGCUAUUUUUUUGCAUGAGAGUGGCUCCUUCAAACAAAGAUUGAAAGAUAACUGCCCCCUAAUCAAGCAAUACGAAAAGGGUUCCUGAUAUUAAUAUACUUGAAAAUCAACGUCUCAAAACCCCUCAACUCUGAUCUCGACUGUACUAUGCAAUGAAAAGGGCUUUACUUUGCAACUCAUUCUCUCAUUUCAACAUUGGCCCCAGAAAGGUCCAUUUUUGAAGCCCAUGUAGUGUGAUUGAGGUAGAGAAUAUUUUUCUCUUCACGCGAGCUAUGUGUAUUUUCCUCCUCUAUUUUUUUCGAUCCGAAAGUGUGAUAAAAUCGCGUCAAAAGAAGUUAAACGAGUCCGCUGCAGCUUGUACAUAAGACUUGAACGCUGUAGCACAACUUCGAAAGAGAAUUAUGAUCGCAUCCUACUCAUCCUGGCCCCUCUUUGUACAUAUGAUCAACCGAAAUGUCUUUCUUGAAUACAUCAAAGCAUAUACAACAUGCAACCAAACCCAACCCGCCAUCAACCGUUGUUGUUUUUCCACUUUUCUACCAAGUCACAAAAUUGACCACGAUGGUUCAAGCUUACGACAGUAGAAACUCGUGCAUUCUUUCACUUCAAAAGUGUCGUACUCUCCCCCCAAAGAGUACUAAUCUAUCCCGCUGCCAACAUUUUGGUGUCUGCAUUUUCCUUCAAGGAAUUCGCUCACAAGCACAGGUUUGCCAUCCUCUCUUCUUUCGAACACACAAAUAUCUCCCCUAUAUAUCUACUUCGAAUGAAAUAAUAUCGCUGUAUUAUCGACAAAAAUGAACAACCAAAAAUAAGAACGCAUCAGAA